AGUACCAAUCCGCCCCGCCUCUCAUCAGAAAAGCUUAUCGGACGGGUUCCACUUCGGCACAGGGUGCAGAGAUCGUCGGCAGUUCCCCGGUGCAGCCUGGCCAUUUGUGGGGGAGAGGAAAAGCGGCGCAAAGCUGCUCGCCGGCAAAUCGGAGCUCUAGAUCUCGCUGCCUGCAACGAUGGCGACCUGCGUGGAGCUGAACACGGGUGCGAAGAUGCCCAUUCUGGGGCUGGGGACUUGGAAGGCCAAGCCGGGCGAGGUGGCCCAGGCGGUGAAGACCGCCAUCGACGCCGGCUACCGGCACAUUGACUGCGCCAGGGUGUACGAGAACGAGGGCGAGGUGGGGGAGGCCGUUCAGCAGAAGAUCCAGGAGGGCGUGGUGAAGAGAGAGGACCUCUUCAUCGUCAGCAAGCUCUGGUGCACCUUCCACGACAAGCAGCUGGUGAAGGAGGGCUGUCAGAAGACGCUGGCCGACCUGAAGCUCGCCUACCUGGACCUGUACCUGGUUCACUGGCCCAUGGGCUUCAAGGCCGGUUCAGGGGAUUUUCCUAUGGACGAGAAUGGGCUGACCAUUUCGGACAACUCCGACUUCGUGGACACUUGGGAGGGCAUGGAGGAGCUGGUGGACGCUGGCCUGGCGAAGGCCAUCGGAGUGUCCAACUUCAACCACGAUCAGAUCGAGAGGUUGCUGAACAAGCCUGGCUUAAAGUACAAACCCGCCAACAACCAGAUCGAGUGCCACCCCUACCUGACCCAGGAAAAGCUGAUCGGCUACUGCCACUCCAAAGGCAUCACUGUGACGGCGUACAGCCCCCUGGGCUCGCCUGACAGAUCCUGGGCCAAGCCAGAUGACCCCUCUCUGCUGAAAGAUCCGAAGAUCCAGGUCAUCGCGGAGAAGCACAAGAAGGCCCCUGCUCAGGUGAGAGCACAUUUUUCCAAGCGUUGAUGGAAAUCGGACUAA